AUGUCUUCUUCUGGAGGUAGCGCCCCUGGCGAGUUUGCCCACGGAAAGGUCGACCCCCAUGAGGCUGGCAAGAAGGGCGGUCUCGCGUCUGGAGGCGGCCCCACCGGUGGCAGCGACAGUAACACCUCCAGCUCCGGCGGUGGCAGUAGCGGCAAUACCGGUGGCAGCCAAAAGGGCGAGUUUGCUCACGGCAAGGUUGAUCCCUCCGAGGCCGGCAAGAAAGGUAAGCCAACGCUGCAUUCAGCUGUGACGUGGAUCAUUCGAGCUGCUGCUGACGAGGUCACAGGAGGCUCGACCUAG